GUUUGGAACUGGGUGGAAAUCCUGGAGAUGGAUCUCUUAGGAGACUGUCUUCCAAUUGGGUUAGAUGCACAGGAGCAAUGGAUCGCCCCAGCUACCUGGAAGAGGACUAUUCUAGCCUGGAUGGGCUGGACGAUGACGUGUUUCACUCUGAUGACUUUGGACUUGCAGGUCAGCCUGGUGAGAUGACUGCAACUGGCAUUUUCACACAGAACCAGUCCUACAGCUGCCUUCUGGGGAGGUUUCAACUAUUCCCCCUCACACACUGCUGUGGUCCCGGUAUCAGGCAUCCUGAGCAGCAGGACAAGGCAACUCAAACACUCAGCCCGUCCUCUUCCAGUCAGGAUGUUAUGUUGCCUUGUGGAGUCACUGAAGAGCCCCGGAGACUCUUCUAUGGGAAUGCUGGUUACCGUUUACAUGUCCCUCCAGUUGGCUUUGCAUUGGAUCCGCGCCUCGAAGAGGAGCCUCAGGAAGGUCAGCGGGAAGCGCGUGCUGAGGUGCAGAUUGCACGGAAGUUGCAGUGCAUUGCCGACCAGUUCCACCGGCUCCACAUACAGAGG